GGCUUGGGGGGCGAAGAGGUCAGAGGUGAGUGAACGGCAGUAACCUCCACAAUCACGCCAUCGAGUGAUGCUGCUCCGGCGGAGCCGGCGACAGUCCCGGAGCUGCUCUUCACCACCACCGCUACUCCCCUCCACAUCAGCAUCAAUAUCGGCCGACUGCAGCCGGCGACUCGCUCUGAUUAUUUUCUCUGGAAUGCUGAUUAUCACAAGCUAGAAUGUCGGAUGAAGAUCCAGCGAACAAGCUUCCUCAGCUGCAGCUGAAGUGCCAGCAGUCCAAGUUCAUUAUUGGCUCUGUAUCCGAGGACAACUCUGAGGAUGAGAUCGGAAUGAGCAGCAGCAAAUCGGAUAUUAUGGAGGACAAGGAGCAAUCUUUGUCACCUUCCUCUGUAAACUCUGAUAGUCUGUCUGAUCUGGGUCUGAGCAACGAUGGUUUUCCUCUACAAAUGAGGCCUAGCAUGUCAGGGCUGCACCUGAUGAAGCAAGGAAGGGAUAGGAAGAAGCUUGAACUGCAGAGAGACUUCACAGUUGCUUCCCCGGCUGAAUUCGUAACUCGGUUCGGAGGCAAUAAAGUUAUUGAAAAGGUGCUGAUUGCUAACAAUGGAAUUGCUGCAGUGAAGUGCAUGAGAUCCAUACGACGGUGGUCUUAUGAAAUGUUCAGGAAUGAGCGUGCAAUACGAUUUGUUGUCAUGGUCACUCCAGAAGACUUGAAAGCUAACGCAGAGUACAUUAAAAUGGCAGAUCACUAUGUUCCUGUACCUGGAGGACCAAACAAUAAUAACUAUGCAAAUGUUGAGCUGAUAUUGGAUAUAGCAAAACGCAUCCCAGUCCAGGCUGUGUGGGCAGGCUGGGGCCAUGCCUCUGAGAAUCCAAAACUGCCAGAGCUAUUACACAAACAUGGCAUUGCAUUCAUGGGUCCUCCGAGUCUUGCUAUGUGGGCACUGGGCGAUAAAAUUGCUUCUUCUAUUGUAGCACAGACUGCAGGAAUCCCCACUCUCCCCUGGAGUGGCAGUGGACUGAUAAUUGAGUGGACAGAAACUAAACCUCCAAAACUAAUUGUGAGCGUUCCUCCUGAGCUGUAUGAGAAUGGCUGCAUUGCAGAUGUGGAAAGUGGGAUGAAGGCUGCAGAAGACAUUGGCUAUCCUGUGAUGAUCAAGGCUUCUGAGGGAGGAGGUGGAAAAGGGAUAAGAAAAGUGAACAAUGCUGAGGAUUUUCCAAACCUUUUCAGACAGGUACAAACAGAGGUCCCUGGUUCUCCAAUUUUUGUGAUGAGACUUGCCAAACAUGCACGACAUCUUGAAGUCCAAAUCCUUGCAGAUCACUACGGCAAUGCAAUCUCCUUAUUUGGCCGUGAUUGCUCAGUUCAACGGCGACACCAGAAGAUUAUUGAAGAAGCCCCUGCAACAAUUGCUACCUCAUUAGUGUUUGAAAAACAUGGAGAAGGUUGAUUGCUUAUCUUACAGUGUGCAGUGAAACUGGCAAAAAUGGUAGGCUACGCAAGUGCGGGCACGGUAGAGUAUCUUUACAGUCAAGAUGGCAGCUUCUACUUUCUGGAGUUAAACCCCAGGCUUCAAGUGGAACAUCCUUGCACUGAAAUGGUUGCAGAUGUAAACUUGCCAGCUGCACAAUUGCAGAUUGCCAUGGGAAUCCCUCUGCACAGAAUCAAGGACAUUCGGAUGCUGUAUGGAGUUGCCCCAUGGGGAGAUUCGCCAAUUGAUUUUGAGAAUUCUUCAAAUAUCCCUUGUCCGCGUGGUCACGUGAUAGCUGCUCGUAUCACCAGUGAAAACCCAGAUGAGGGUUUCAAGCCAAGCUCUGGUACGGUUCAGGAGCUGAAUUUCCGCAGCAGUAAAAACGUCUGGGGUUACUUCAGUGUGGCCGCAGCAGGAGGUCUCCAUGAAUUUGCUGACUCUCAGUUUGGACACUGCUUUUCCUGGGGGGAAAACCGAGAAGAGGCCAUCUCCAAUAUGGUGGUGGCACUGAAGGAGCUAUCCAUUCGUGGUGAUUUCAGAACAACAGUAGAAUAUCUUAUCCGAUUGCUGGAAACUGAGAGCUUCCAGCAGAAUAGCAUUGACACUGGCUGGCUGGACCGGCUCAUUGCAGAGAAAGUCCAGGCCGAGAGGCCGGAUACCAUGCUGGGAAUUGUGUGUGGAGCUCUUCAUGUUGCAGAUAAAUCCUUCAGGAACAGUGUGUCCAAUUUUCUUCAUUCGUUGGAAAGGGGACAAGUCUUACCAGCUCAUACUCUUCUGAACACAGUGGAUGUGGAACUCAUUUUUGAAGGGGUGAAAUAUGUGCUGAAGGUUACGCGGCAGUCGCCAAAUUGCUAUGUAGUUAUAAUGAAUGACUCAUUUGUGGAGGUGGAUGUUCAUCGGCUGAGUGAUGGUGGCUUGUUGCUGUCCUAUGAUGGCAGCAGCUACACAUCUUACAUGAAGGAGGAGGUGGACAGGUAUCGCGUUACAAUUGGUAACAAGACUUGUGUGUUUGAAAAGGAAAAUGACCCUUCACUGUUGCGUUCACCCUCAGCGGGAAAGCUGAUCCAGUACACAGUGGAAGAUGGUGGUCACGUUUUCACAGACCAUUGCUUUGCCGAAAUCGAGGUGAUGAAGAUGGUGAUGACACUGGCCGCUCAGGCAUCUGGCUGUAUUCAUUAUGUGAAGCGACCGGGAGCUGCCUUGGAACCAGGGUGUGUGAUUGCCAAGCUGCAACUGGAUGAUCCAAGCAGAGUUCAGCAGGCAGAGUUAUUCACACAACCUCUGCCUAGGCUCCAGAGCUUGGCUCUUCGAGGAGAAAAGCUUCACCGCAUCUUCCAUUAUGUCCUGGAUAAUCUGGGGAAUAUCAUGAAUGGCUUCUGCCUGCCCGAGUCCUAUUUUGAUGUCAAGGUGAAAGACUGGGUGGAAAGAUUAAUGCAAACUCUGAGGGACCCCUCCCUCCCACUCCUGGAGCUGCAGGAUAUCAUGACCAGUGUUGCUGGAAGAAUCCCGCAAGCAGUGGAGAAGGCUAUCAAAAAAGAGAUGGCCCAGUAUGCAAGCAAUAUCACUUCUGUGCUCUGCCAGUUCCCCAGCCAACAGAUUGCCAAUAUUCUGGACAGUCAUGCUGCAACACUAAAUAGGAAAUCAGAGCGGGAAGUUUUCUUCAUGAAUACACAGAGCAUUGUUCAGCUGGUGCAGAGAUAUCGGAGUGGAAUUCGGGGUCACAUGAAAGCUGUUGUCAUGGAUCUUCUUCGACAGUAUUUGAAGGUGGAGAUAGAAUUCCAGCAAGGGCAUUAUGAGAAAUGUGUCUUUAUUCUUCGAGAAGACCAUAAAGGAGACAUGACUACAGUCCUGAACUACAUCUUCUCUCACGCCCAAGUCACCAAGAAGAACCUUCUUGUUACAAUGCUUAUUGAUCAGUUGUGUGGACGGGAUCCUACCCUGACUGAUGAGCUGAUUGUUAUUCUAACGGAGUUAACACAACUAAGCAAGACCACCAAUGCAAAAGUGGCUCUCCGAGCUCGGCAGGUUCUGAUUGCAUCACACUUGCCCUCUUAUGAGCUGCGCCACAAUCAGGUGGAGUCCAUCUUCCUCUCGGCUAUUGAUAUGUAUGGGCAUCAGUUCUGCAUCGAAAACCUUCAGAAGCUCAUCCUGUCAGAGACAUCCAUCUUUGAUGUUCUUCCCAAUUUCUUCUAUCACAGUAACCAGGUGGUGAGAAUGGCAGCACUGGAGGUUUAUGUUAGAAGAGCCUACAUCGCAUAUGAGUUGAACAGUGUACAGCAUCGCCAGUUGCAGGAUGGAACCUGCAUUGUGGAAUUUCAAUUCAUGUUGCCCACAUCCCAUCCGAACAGAGGGAACAUCCCCACACUUAACAGAAUGUCUUUCUCCUCAAACUUGAACCAUUAUGGGAUGUUCCACGUCGCAAGUGUGAGUGAUGUUCUGCUCGACACUGCUUUCACUCCGCCUUGCCAGCGAAUGGGAGCAAUGGUCGCCUUUCGUACCUUUGAAGAUUUUGUCAGAAACUUUCAGGAUGUGACGAGCUGCUUUUCUGACUCACCGCCUUCAAGCCCAACCUUUCCGGAAUCGGGGCAUGCCUCCCUUUAUGAUGAAGAUGACAACAAGAGUACAAGAGACGAACCCAUUCAUAUCCUCAAUGUGGCUAUUAAGAUUGAUAAUGACACUGAUGAUGAUGGCCUUGUGACAAUGUUUGGGGAGUUCAUGCACUCCAUGAGAUCGAUUCUGUUUGACCACGGUAUUCGGCGCCUGACCUUCCUUGUGGCACAGAAGGAUUUCCGGAAGCAGUGUAAUUAUGAGGUGGAUCGGAGAUUCCAUAGAGAAUUCCCAAAGUUCUUCACCUUCCGAUCAAGAGACAAGUUUCAGGAAGACCGGAUUUACCGACAUCUGGAGCCUGCCUUGGCUUUCCAACUGGAGCUGAAUCGAAUGCGGAAUUUUGACCUAACUGCAAUGCCGUGUGCCAAUCACAAAAUGCAUCUAUAUCUGGGUGCUGCAAAGGUGGAGGCAGGAAUCGAGGUUACAGACUACAGGUUCUUUGUACGAGCCAUUAUCCGGCACUCGGACUUGGUCACUAAGGAAGCUUCUUUUGAGUAUCUACAAAAUGAGGGUGAACGUUUAUUGCUGGAGGCUAUGGAUGAGUUGGAAGUGGCAUUUAACAACACUAACGUUCGAACAGACUGCAACCAUAUCUUCCUCAAUUUUGUUCCCACUGUUAUUAUGGAUCCUUCAAAGAUUGAAGAGUCUGUGCGUAGCAUGGUGAUGCGAUAUGGCAGUCGUCUCUGGAAGCUGCGAGUGCUUCAGGCUGAGUUGAAAAUAAAUAUUCGCUUGACACCCACUGGGAAGGCAAUUCCAAUCAGGCUGUUUCUGACCAAUGAGUCUGGUUACUACUUGGAUAUCAGUCUGUACAAGGAGGUGACUAACUCCAGGACUGGUCAGAUCAUGUUUCAGGCCUAUGGGGAUAAACAGGGACCAUUACAUGGAAUGCUUAUCAACACACCUUAUGUUACCAAAGACUUAUUGCAAUCUAAGAGGUUUCAAGCACAAUCCCUUGGAACAACUUAUGUGUACGACUUGCCCGAAAUGUUCCGACAGUCUUUAAUCAAACUAUGGACCUCAAUGGAAGUUCAGGCCUAUUUACCUCCCAUGCCUGCAGAGCUCCUGACGUUCACAGAGUUGGUGCUAGACAGUCAAGGUCAGCUGGUACAGCUGAAUAGACUACCUGGUGGCAAUGAGAUUGGUAUGGUGGCCUGGAAGAUGCACCUGAAGUCACCAGAAUGCCCAGAUGGUCGUGACAUCAUUGUCAUAAGCAAUGACAUCACUCACAGGAUUGGGUCCUUUGGGCCACAGGAGGACCUCCUGUUCCUGAGAGCUUCGGAACUUGCCAGAACUAAAGGCAUCCCGCGCAUAUACAUAGCAGCAAACAGUGGAGCAAGGAUUGGAUUGGCGGAGGAAAUUCGACACAUGUUUCAUGUAGCCUGGGAAGAUCCUGCUGACCCAUAUAAGGGAUACAAGUACCUGUACCUCACACCCCAGGACUAUAAGAAGGUCAGUGCACUGAACUCUGUCCAUUGUGAACAUGUUGAGGAUGAAGGAGAGUCAAGAUACAAAAUAACAGACAUCAUUGGAAAAGAAGAGGGCCUGGGAGUGGAGAAUCUCAGAGGAUCAGGAAUGAUAGCGGGAGAAUCAUCCUUAGCUUAUGAGGAGAUUAUCACCAUGAAUUUGGUCACCUGCCGUGCAAUUGGCAUUGGUGCAUACCUUGUAAGACUGGGACAGAGAACUAUCCAAGUAGAAAACUCGCACAUCAUUUUAACUGGAGCUGGAGCCUUGAACAAGGUGCUAGGUCGAGAGGUGUAUACAUCCAACAACCAGCUGGGAGGGGUCCAGAUCAUGCACAACAAUGGUGUGACCCACACAACUGUCUAUGAUGACUUUGAGGGAGUUGUCAUCCUCCUUCAGUGGCUGUCCUACAUGCCAAAGAAUGUAUCAAGUUCUGUGCCCAUCCUCAAACCCAAGGAUCCCAUUGAUAGAGUUAUUGAGUUUGUUCCUACAAAAGCCCCUUAUGAUCCUCGGUGGCUGCUUGCUGGACGAUCUCACCCAACGCAAAAAGGACAAUGGCAGAGUGGCUUCUUUGACAACGGAUCUUUCAUGGAAAUCAUGCAACCCUGGGCACAGACAGUGGUGGUAGGAAGAGCCAGAUUGGGUGGAAUACCUGUAGGAGUAGUUGCUGUGGAAACCAGGACAGUAGAGUUAUCAAUCCCAGCAGAUCCUGCAAACCUGGAUUCAGAAGCAAAGAUAAUCCAGCAAGCUGGGCAAGUUUGGUUCCCUGACUCUGCCUUCAAAACUGCUCAAGCCAUUAAGGACCUGAAUCGAGAAGGGCUUCCCCUGAUGGUGUUUGCCAAUUGGCGAGGUUUCUCUGGUGGAAUGAAAGACAUGUAUGAUCAAGUACUAAAGUUUGGUGCGUACAUUGUCGAUGGGUUGCGAGAGUACAGGCAGCCUGUGCUUGUGUACAUCCCCCCACAUGCAGAACUGCGAGGUGGCUCGUGGGUAGUCAUUGACACCACCAUCAACCCCAGGCACAUGGAGAUGUAUGCAGACAAGGAAAGCAGAGGUGGUGUACUGGAGCCAGAGGGGACAGUAGAGAUCAAAUUCCGGAAAAAAGACUUGGUGAAAACAAUGCGAAGGGUGGACCCUGUCUACAUGAACCUGGCUGAGCGUUUGGGCACCCCGGAGCUGAGUUCGUGUGAGCGGAAGGAGCUGGAGACAAAACUGAAAGAGAGGGAGGAGUUUCUAUUACCCAUAUAUCACCAGGUUGCUGUGAAGUUUGCUGACCUUCAUGAUACACCAGGUCGCAUGCAAGAAAAGGGGGUCAUCACGGACAUCUUGGAUUGGCCAACAUCGCGUACAUUCUUCUACUGGCGUCUGCGCAGACUGCUACUGGAAGAUACAGUGAAGAAAAAGAUCCUGGAUGCAAACUCUGAACUGACUGAUGGGCAGAUUCAGGCUAUGCUUAGACGUUGGUUUGUGGAGGCUGAAGGCGCUGUGAAGGCCUAUCUGUGGGAUGACAACAAGGAUGUGGUGGAAUGGCUGGAGAAGCAACUGCUGGAGGAGGAGGGAGCUCGGUCGGUCAUUGACGAGAACAUUAAGUACAUUUGCAGAGAUUACAUCCUCAAACAGAUUCGGAGUCUGGUGCAGGCCAAUCCUGAAGUUGCCAUGGAUUCUAUUGUUCACAUGACUCAACACAUCUCCCCCACUCAGAGAGCUGAAAUUGUGCGCAUUCUGUCAACAAUGGAUGCCCCUGCUUCAACAUAGAGGACACACAGACUGGAUUCUGCAGCAGGCUGACAGGGGCACUGCCUCUGCCUUUCUAUUGCAACAGCCAUACAGACAAAGAUGUUCAAAAUUAUGGAGAGUGGAACCCCAAGCACAGAAAUGUGGACAUCGGCCUGUUGUUGACAUUUUUAAUAAUUUACAAUUUGUAUCUCAGAUGUACAAUGAGGAUAAAUUUAAUUUAACCACAUGUAGAUUGUGACGUGAUAUAAAUGUCUGUAUUCCUGGCACUGCAUUGUACCCUCAAUUCUCAUGGCCUUGUGAAAGGUACUGGAUUUGCCUUAAAGAUACAGAUACAGGUGAAGGUAGAGGAUCACUUAAACUGCCAGCAAUCAAAUCUGUACACUAAACCACUCAGUUCCUUUUCAGGCAUGUAGUACAUUAUGGUUUGCAGUGCUAGUUAACUGUGCAAUCAGACUAGAAUGCUCCUAGUUUGUGAAAAUAUUUUAAUAAUUCGUGUAACCCUCAUUAUUCUAAUUGCUGCUGUAGAUGUUUCUGAAAGAAAAUUAAAACAGAAACUGACAUGGAAGAAGUUAAACAGCCAAGUGAAAGUUGUACCAGUUCUAACCAAUCCCUACAACUUGCCAUUAGCCAAGUGUCUGGAAAAGUGGAGCCCCAUGCUCUUAAGUAAGGAACUACAAAGACAUGUAUACAAGAGGGCAGAGAUGAGAGUCUUAUGUUGAAAUAAAAGCCAUCAGAUACAGUUCAUUCCCAACUAUGUGGCAAUUUGAAUUUUCAUUGAUGGGCACUGCUGAAUGAUUGACAGGUGGAUCCUGUUCACGUUUGUGCAGCCAGACCAAUUUUAAGGGGAAGGGGUUGCCUUUAAAUUUAUAGGGGGCGAAGGAGCUGCUGGCUAUUUUAAACCAAUUUGCUGUUAGGAUAAAAAAAAAUUAGUUUCCCUGUUUCUCCAUAUGCCUUGUAAUAGCCAAAUCCAACAAGAAAACACAAUAAGAAGUCAUGAAAUGUCAGGAGUAAUCUGUGAAAGGAAUGUCAGCAUUUUCCCUUUAGCUGUGGCGUUGAAAGAAGUGGCUGCAGUUUGAAUGCACAAGGGUGAGGAGGAAGAUCUAAAUCGACAAGAAUUGUUAUUCACUUCAGUACGGUAGCGUAGUGGUUAGCGCGACACUAUUACAGCGCCAAGCGAUCGGGGUUCGAUUCCCGUCACUGUCUGUAAGGAGUUUGUACAUUCUCCUGUGUCUGCGUGGGUUUCCACCGGGUGCUCUGGUUUCCUCCCACAUUCUAAAGACGUACGGGUAGGUUAAUUUGGGGUUUAAAAUGGGCGGUGCGGACUCACUGGGCCGGAAGGGCCUGUUAGCACGCUGUAAAUAAAAAAAAUUUUAAUAAAUUGUAGCAGUGGCUUGUAGUUUAACCCUUGUUAUUAUCUCCUGUAAGAUUUAAGGGAACAUUGCACCUUAAAAAAAAUCAGUCUAAAAUAACUUGUUUCAAAUUAAUUUUGCCUUCAAUCCAUGGGUUAAGAAAUGGUACCUCACCGCAGUAAAUUUCUCAGUAUUCUCCCAAUGUGUCAGGGGAAACAAGAAUGUGCAUUCAGUGCAAACCUUAAAUAUUUAGAAACAGAAAGCAGAAGCAGGAGUCGGCCAUUCAGCCCUUCUUACCUGCUCCACCGUUCAACACAAUCAUGGCUAUUCGUGCACUUCAGUGCCCUUUUCCCGCCUUCUCCCCAUAUCUCUGUCCCUUUCACAUUAAGAAAUGUACCCACCUCCUUGUACUGUAUGUGUUUAAUGAUGUGGCCUCCACUUCCUUUUGUGGUAGAAUAGUCCACAGAUUGACCUCUCUCUGGGUGAAGAACUUUCUCUUGAAAUCCGUUGUAAAUGACACAGCCCCUGACCUUGGACUCUGUUCCCUGCUGCUUUCAACCAUCAGGAACAUCCUCCCUGGAUCUCUUUUGCCUAGGCCUGUUAUAAUUUGAUGGGUUUCUAUGGGAUCUUUCUUCUGUACUCUAGUGAAUAGACACUCUGUGGCAAGAACAUCCUUCCUUAAAUAAGGAGACCAAAGCUGCAUAGGAAACUCCAAAAGGAGGUGUCAUCAGACCCUGUACAAAUGCAGCAAGACAUCCUUGCUUCUGUGAUCAAAUUUUCCUGCAACAGAGCCUGCCUAACUCUUGGCUGAACCUGAGCACUUUCUUUCAGCGACUGACACACAAUAUUUCCAAAUAACCAGGUCUGGAAGAGCUUUCACAAAGAUAUAAUGUGCAAAUUUUAACCAUGAGUGAAUGGCUUUCAGUGGACUGCUGGGUAGGGUGGUCAGUUCAUGGUUGAAUUUGGCUGCUUGUAAAAUUGGUGUGACUGCACAAACUAUUUGUUUCCACAAGCUAUUGAGGGCGAGUUGAAGACUGUGAUGUAGCAGUGCUGUGCAUCCAGCCUGAUUUUUCUCAAUUUCUUAAUCUCCCUGAUGACCCCCCCCAAUCCAUACAUGGGGGAGGGGAGAGCAGGAGAGACACAGUGGUCUACCUGGGAACAGCUUCCUUCUGAUUCAGCUUGAAGGGUGGGAGAAGGGAAAGUGAAGAGUUGUUACUGUACACCUAGCUUUAAUCUCUCUCAACUCUGAGCAGUGUGGGUGUAGGUCCACACCAGCAAGUGAACAAGGCAGAUGGAUUUGUAGCUUCAGUGACUCAAGUAAAGGUUCAGAUUAGCAAGUCUUAAGAUUUUGAGCCUCACAACAAAGUAAGAUACCAGUUCAGACUGUCGUGUUCACCGUCUUUCUGCUUUGUUCUUAAGAUUUUUUUAAUAUAACAAUCCUAUUUAGGUGCAGUCCUUCCAUUUCACAACUGCCUGCCAGCAUUUGCUGCUUUGAUGUAUUGCGCACAAGUGGGGAGCCUUUCUGAAUGCAAGUAGAAACAACCUGAAGAAAAGGUUUACAGUUUCAGUGCAGCAGUCGCUCAGAAAAUCCUCCCAGAUUGGUGUAAAUGGGUGCUUGAAGUUCAGCACAGACUUGGUGGGCUGAAGGGCCUGUUUCUGUGCUGUAUAACUCUAGAAUUCUAUCAAUGAUAAGUCAGAUAAGCUGAAACAGAAAUAUUCAAGGGUCAUUUUUUUUGACACCUGUUGAAGCCAUUCCUGUAACUUUUAACUGCAAACAGCAUCUGUUUAACGAGACAGCUUUGUAAUUAAUUGCCUAUUUUACAGAGGUCUUUCUUUUAGGUAAUACCCAAGGAUUUCUGCUUGGGCUUUGAAAAUGAUUAAUUAUUAUAUUUUAUAAAUGUAUUAGAACUUUGAUAAAAGGCAGAGUAUCUUGUGCUUCGAUUGGCUUAUAGUAAGGUUUGAUUAACUUAUGGUAGGGUUUAUAUAAAUUUUAUUUAAUGCCACAUUUAUUAUUGAUGGCGGUACAGUUUGUGGUAUUUGUGUUGGACCUUUUUUCAUUAUUUACAUCAUCAAUCAUUUUUAAGGCCCAUCACUCCUCCCCUCCAGUAGGGGUUGCUGCAUUCAAAUGUCACUUCCACACUCAAAAUCGAAUUCUCUGGGUUGCAGUGAAGGGAAUGCAAUGGGAAGAGAGAAAGGCAGUUAUUUCAGUGAUCGGGUUUGUUGUACGAGUCAGUUGUGAUGCAGGUGGGAAAACUGCUCUUGAGCAGUAAGUGCAAAAUGACUUCUCCUUGCCUGCCUUUAUUUCACAGUGCCUAUGGUAAGACUGAUUUCACCCAAUAAAUAGAUGGCUACAAAGCUGGAGUUUCACUCAGUCUCUGUUGUGGUAAACCACUGUGGACAAUUGGCUGCUGCUGCGACUGUGGGAAACUGCCUGUUGUUUAGAGGGAAGUGAUAUUGUAUCCAAACAGGUACGAACUUCUCAGACACUAAUCUCAACUAUAGUGGGGUGGGAGAGAAACACUACAGCAUUUUUUUGUGUUUCAUUAGUCCAUAUCCAAAAAUUGCCUUUAAGGUUUGAGUGGAAAAUGACAUUCACAAUGUGGUGGUGUAAAUUAUAAAUACCACAGUUCUGUUUUGGAUUCAUAUUUCUCAUGAUAAUGCUUAUACUUUUAACCUGUAUACCAAAGCACUCUCAUACUGAGCAUUAGAAUUGACUUGGAACUUCUGGUGUGUGCUGAUAAUGGAGCAAACGCUAAGGUGAGCAAAAUAGGAGGUCAAAUUCCUGUGCAGAUGAAAUGGUGCAGGUCUUGUGAACAAAAUGAUAUUUUCAGAAAUUCUACAUUCCAAAUUUGUUGUAGCGGUAAGCAAUAUUAAAAGUAAAAAUAAACAAUCAAUCCCCCACAUUUCCUUAAGGAAUUCUCGGACUAGAGUCACAUCAGCUUUUGGAUUAGGGACAGAACAUUCAAGCAACGGUGGAUGUUUGGUUGCAUUGAUGUGGGUUAACAUUUUUUUAGCUGGAGUCCGAAGAAGUGAUUAGUUCAUAGAAUAUUAAAUUAACAGUUUAUGUAAAGCUUGCUGCAUGUUAACGUAAAGCAGUGAGCCCAACUUUGUUAGGUGUGCAUUAAUAGAAGGUCUGUUAGAGAGGUUCCACCCCAACCAUGAUGGGCUGAAGGGCCUCUCUCAAGACUUCAGUGUCUUCCCUUGCCCACAGAUCCUAUUCGAGCUGGGACACAGAAACACACCUAGGAAUUCUUCAGCUGGUGAACACUUCACCCAGUAGCACAUCAUAUUAUAUUCUGUCUCUGAAAUGUAAAUGGCAUGAAUUUUGGAGGCAGGGUCAGUGUGUUGGUUUACUGUGCAGCUUAGCCCUAUCAAGCAAGGAUACAUUUCUGACUGGUUGGCUUCACUGUGGGCUCAGGCAGAAUUAAUACUGUUGCUUCUUUCGAAUCAUCAUGUUUUGCAGACACCCUCCAUUUCUCACUGAGAAAAAGCAGAAGCAUCCCCUGGGUUUGUGUUUUGGAAUGGGGGGAGGGGGAAGGGGGUGCCUGUUGAGAGGUUUUGCACCUCUGCCCCAUUUUGCUGAUGUGGGAUACUGGUUUGAAUUUUGCAAGUGUUGAAAUAAGUGGAGUACAGGGAGUUCAAAUAGUGACUUGGAUCUGGCAGAAGAAUUGCAGGAGCCUUCUUGGCAGCUGAUGGGCUACAGAGUAGAAGCCAGCAUAGUUGAUGCACAAACUAAGUAUUUAUUUCAUGGAAGGGGUGGCUGCCUGUGCCUUUCUCACCCAUGGAGCAGAAACCAGCAGUUGAGUGCUGUUUUCCAUUAAGGUGUGUAGCUGGCAAAAGCUAAGACCACAAGGCAGCACACUUCUCCCAAAGGUCUGAGUUGGCUCAUGCUACCCUGUCACCACAGAAUUACUGCAGCAGUAUACCACGGGCUUUAGUCGAAACAAAUGUUGAGAUUUUGAUGAAAGCGGACGAGAGCUGUGUAACUAUGUUAAAGAAACACUGGUCUGUGGCUCUGCACUUGGCAGGUUUCAGCAAAAGUACAAACAGCAAUUAAUCUGGGCCUCAGUGUUGGCACUUGGGCAUGCUGACCAAUGAUCCUUAGUGGACGUUCACUGUCUAACAUGAAUAGCCAGAUAGGGGAGGUGCCAAUGACCACAAUAAUAAAGGUAUCCUAAUAAAAGUGCAACUAAAGCUAGGAGGAGAGAACAAAACUGGGUUUUAGAGCAACUCUAAACUUUGAUUGUACACAAAGGUACUUGACAGAGGGGUGAAUACACAAGGAAAUUAGUUGCAUUACAGUGUAGAAAGAAUCUUGUUCUCUCUCAAAGCUGAGGAUCAAAGUAGUAAUGUUUUCUAAUUUGAGGCUUUUGUACCUUCUUCAAUCUCGAGAGUAUGGAAAAGAUCAAAAUAAAAAAAAUUAAAUUGA